ACUUAUUUUACACACAGAGCUUUACAAUUUCUUCUCUCUUGUCUUCUCACAGAGAUGGUUAUCAGAGAGAAAGCUUAAACCCUAAUUUCAUCGGAGAAUAAGAUGUGGGAGAUAGGGGAGCUAGUUUGGGUACGCCUGAGCUUAUCGGAUACAUGGAUUUCGGGUCGGAUUCUUGACCCAUCCGUACCGGUAGGGAUUCUAGUCUCGUUCUUCGGCCUAAUGGAGCCGCGAUACGUUCCAAAACAUUGUAUUCGAAGCUUCGAUCGCAAUUUCGAAACCUUGGUUUCAGAUUCGUGGAGGUUUCGCCGGUUCGUGAAUCGAGCUCUGCGAGCUCACUUUUGGAAUAUCUCGUUUGGGUUAUGGUGUUCGUGCCAGCCGCCAAUUGAAUCGCCGUACUUCGAGAUUGAAAACUCUUUCCCAUGGUUUCCUCGCUCUUCUGAUUCGGCUCUGUGUUUUGUUCGAGAUAUGGCCGUUUCGAUACGGGUGCCUCUACGGAGGUUAGCUAAGACCAACAGUUCGAGCGCUCAGAUUCUUAGUUUUCGGCGUUACACUGUUGAUUUCAAGCGUUCUGAAUCUGUCUAUGAGGAAACUACAGCAAGUGCAAAACUAGUGGAUUGCUCUGAAGAAUCAGAUUGGUUUCUUGAUCCCUCAAAUAAGAUGGACUGCAUGGACCUUGGUUCUAUGUUUCCUGAGACAGCGGAUGCAGACUUGGAAGACAGUAGAGAUUUGAGUCUAAGAGAACCGUUGCCAAAUGAUAUCCCGUGUUCUUUUGUGCAAUCUGUUGAUAAAGUAGCUCAGAUUUGCACAUGGAAUACGAGUAACCCGCUAACCAACUCUAGUUCUAGCACCAUGAAAGCUUGCAAAACCAUGGCUCAAACAGCUGUUCAUAAGAAUGAUGGUCACCGGUCAGAGGGUAAAGAAUGGUGUCAAGUUGAGCAGAGUGUCUGCUUACUGAAUUCAGAACCUCCUAUUGAAGAUAUGAUAGAGGAUGAAACUACCUCCGUUACUGCCCCAAGAGUUGCUGUAUCAGAAGCACUUAGUGAUGUUAUGAUUAAAACUCAUGAUGACAUUAUUGGUUUGGUUGAUGGACCUGUAACGUCAACAAAGCAACUGUCACCCUUGCUUGAUGGGAGUAAUGACAAAACUUAUUUGGUAAAGCCUGUUUCUUUUGUUGUUCCGGGAUCCUGUCACACUCUAGCUUGUUCAGUGAGAAACAAAUAUACUAACUCAAGAAACAAGCUUGAUAGCAAGACCUUGAAUGAGCAGUCGUUAGAUAGGAAUAGUUUUAACAGAAUACGAGAGAACAUCUCUGGUGAUGCUUUGGAGUCACAUAUUUUGGACGCGGAACAGGCUUCGCUACAGAUUACAGGCACUUUAAACAAAGAAUUGAGUUCUGAAAAUGUAGGCAUUGCACCUGCAGAACAAUUACAAGAUUUGGAAGUUGGAACAAAUGUUGAAAACCAGACGAGAUCAGUGGAUAAUGUCAGAUCCAUUGGUGGUGUCAAAAGGAAAGCAAGUCAAGACAAAGCAUCUGCACGUAAGUCCAAGAGAAAGAAGAAAGCACGCCAACAAUCUAUUUCUACUGAUAAACCGUUGGAUCUACACCUUAUGAAAGAUAUGCGGCUUGCUAAUCCAAAAUGUUUGCGAAUGAAGUUCUUGAGUAGACAUGGGAAUAUCCCAUCUAAAUCAGAACUGUUGAAGAGGUUCAGUGUGUUUGGGAAAAUAGAUGCUUCAAGAACUGAUGUAAGCCCAGAGAAAAGCUCUGCGAAAGUAGUAUUCAUGCAGAGCAUAGAUGCAGUGACGGCUUAUCAAUUUGCUAGGAGCAAAAAGUUUAGGCUAGGAUGGUCUAAAGUUACGUACAGCCUUGACCCCUUUGAGGAAGACAAUGAAGUGAACAAAGUUCCUUUGUCCCAUAAUCCUCAAAAGUCUGUUCCAUCGCCAAAAUCAUGUCUCAAGGAAAGUGGUUCAGUGGAUAAAGAAGAGGGAAGAAGGAAUCUGAAGGUGAAAUUUCAAAUGGAGACUAACUGAUAAAUCUGAUCUCAUCAUCAUCUCAAAUUCUCAUAUACUUUUUGUGCAUAACUUCUGUCUCUUGCAUCGGUAUUGUCAUUAGUUUUUUGCCAAGGUCUAAUUCCUAACGAAGAACUUGCAGCUUUUUUGUUUGGCCCUGAAGCUUUUGUAUGAAUCAUGGCUUGUUUUGUAUUAGUAGAGCUGACAUAGUUUGUACUUGACUAUAUAAAACAACUUUUGACGAUGAAUGUGACUACAAACUAGAUUUUCA